UUCAAACCACCCAAGUCUUUCCCUCUUCAAAAACAUUCCAUCACUUACAAAAGCAAAAAAAAAAAACCAAAUCUUUUCUAUCUUUUUUGUGUUCUUCUCUAAGAUGGGUAUUCAACUAACAGGACUAGCUCAAGCUAAGCAGAAGCUACAACGAACGCUAUCGGGACGACUCGGCAACACGAAUGUUCCUAAAGGCCAUAUUGCAGUUUAUGUUGGGGAAAGCAACAAGAAAAGAUUUGUGAUUCCUAUAGCUUAUUUGAAUCAUCCAUUGUUUCAAGACCUUUUAAAUAAAGUUGAGGAAGAAUUUGGGUUUAAUCAUCCAAUGGGUGGUCUUACAAUUCCAUGUAGUGAAGAGUAUUUCAUUAGUUUAACAACAUCAUUGAAUUGUUCAUAGAGGUAUUUCAUCAUCAACCAUGGAUGCAUUAAAAAGAAUAGCAGUCUUUUCAUAAAUUUUUCGUUUUUUUUUUCUCUCUUUUUCCAGUAGGGGUUAGCUAAUUCAAUCCCUAUGUAAACACUGCUGACAACAAAAAUCCUAUUCGUCUAUGAAAAAGUUGGAUUAAUGAUGAA